AUGGAAUCCACAGAGAACGAGGAAAAUACACGCAAAGAUCAAACCGAGACUGAAAUCAAACCGGAAAGUGAUAUUCCCGAGCCUGGGCCAAAAGAUUCUAAUUUAGUAGUCACAGACACUCCGGCAGCCGAAUUCCAAUCAGAAGAAACACACGACUUGGCCGCAUCCGCAUUACCCAGUCGGUCCGAAGUAGACGCGGAUUUGAUACAGAAUCGACAGGACACGGAACUAGAUGUGCCGGAGCAUGAGCCGGAAGAAGUACACAUUGAAGAAGAAGAACAACCUGGACAAACAGUUGAAGAGCAGACGACUGCGGAUGGAGCGGAACCGACUGGUGAGCAUCCUGUCCAGUCCGCAGACAGUCCCAAAGAGGAAGCAAAACAAGAGGAAACGGAUGUAGCGGGGCCAGAAACAAAAUCGCCACAACCUCCGAUUAUGUCCGAAGAGACGGUUAUGACCGCAUGUCUGCCCAGUGCCACACGUUCAGUAAGUGAUGCUCAAGAGCUCAGUCAAGAUGCGUUCUUUGUCAGUCAUCAACUCAGUGAGGAUGAGGAUAGUACGAGCACGGAGAUGCGCAGACACACACCACGCGAGGACGCCUCAAUUGAACCAGCCGAUUAUAAAUUUGAUGAAGUUACCGCUAGUGGGAUCGUGGCUGGUCAGACCGAACGAACACCGAGUAGUGACUCCGGUGAAUCGUCGGCAGAUCAGGAAGAGAAACUUCGCAUUCGAGAACAAUUGGUUGAACAAUACAGACAAGCUGUGAUGGAACACAAAAUAGCUCGAGAGACAAAUUUACAGCUACAAACAAAAUUGGCCGAAUACUUUCGACGGAAGAAAGCUGACGCGGCAGAUCAACAUAGUACAUCUAGUGUAGGUGGAAGCACUGCCGAUGCAGCCGUGGAUUAUGAGCAACGUUAUAGCAAAUAUAUUGUCAGUUUGACCGAACUGCGUCGCCAGUAUCAAUCCAUGCAAAGUUCCUAUCAUAAACAAAUUGAGGAAUUGAAAAAUGUCUGCGCUCAACGACAACAAGAGGUGGAGGAGGCGUAUAAAGAGUUUACCAAUUACAAAUAUAAUAUUGGUAAAAAGGCACUGCACAGUCGAACGGGGCGACCGAUCAACCCGAAAGAUUUGUUGGCCAUGCUCGCAGCCGAGCAGAAAAAAGAAACCAUUGUGAUGGGAGUUCGUUUGGAAAAUAUCAAACUACGCAAUGAGGUAGCCAAAGUUGAGGCGAUUUUAAAAUCCAAAGAAGAACUNNAGAACUGGCCGAAGAAAAUUGAAGAACGCAAUGAGGAAUUGACUAAAUUGAAGAAGAAAAUUUCAAGCACUGUACAAAUUAUGACACAUGUGAAAGAAAAGCUUCAAGCAGUUCAGUACGAUAACGCAAAACAGCGACAACGUCUCGGGAUUGCGGACGCAGAACUGACAUUUAAUCGAGAUCAAUUAACUCGAUUAAAACAAGCGAGAGAUCAUUUGCGGGCAGAUAAUUCUCGUCUGAGACGUUCGUGUGGAUUGUUGGGGAAAAGUGCAUUGUUGUUUAAUUACGAGGAUUCUGUAGAUGCAGUAAAUACCAAACGGGCAGCAUUGGAAGAAACCAAACGUAUCACUUCACAGUAUAAAAAUCGGACCAAAAGUUUGAUAGAGAAAAUUGAGAAUGUGAAUGAAAGAUCCAUGCAACGAUGA